UUUUUUUUUCUCUUUCUUUUUCUUUUCUUUUUUUAAAAAAAAAUACAUAUACAUAUUUAUAUAUUCCUCUCUUUAAUAUGUCACGUAAAGUGUUAAUAGGCUAUGAUCAUACAGAGAUAUCAAAUAUGGCUAUGGAAUGGAUUGUGAAAAACCGUGCAGUAUUUCCAGAAGAUGAUAUUACAUUAGCUAUUAUUGUAAAUGAUGAUGCUAUUGCAGUAGAAGGCGCUUUUGGUUUAGAAGCAUCAGUAGCUGGUCCUAUGGGCUGGUUAUCAUCGGAUAAUUUCCGAGAGCGUAUAUCGAAACUUGAAAAAGAAUCAAAAGAAGCUUUAGAAGCAGUUGUAAGAUGGUUUAAAAGCAAAGGCAUUACUGUGACUCCUCAAGUUUUAAGUGGUGAACCCGGAGAAACUCUAAAAGAUUUUGCAGAAGCUAAUAAAGUAGAUCUGGUUAUUGUCGGUAGCCGAGGUUUAGGGUUUCUUAAAAGACAAUUCAUUGGCUCAGUCUCUGAUUAUUUAAUCCAUCAUCUAAAGUGUUCUGUGCUUGUUGUUAAAGAUGAUGUUCAACACCAUACUACUAACUCAUAAUAAUAAUAAACCUCUUUGUCAGUUAUCGUAAUAAACUCACUACUAUUGCUGUUAUGGUAUAAUAUCAAUCAUAAUAAGGUUAUAACCAAUCAUAUGAAUGUUAUUAAUAUGCAUUAACAUAAUAAAGAAAGACUUCAAAGAGUAUGAUGGAAUAAUCUAUAGAGACU